AUGGACAAAAAAGUUCUUUAUCUUUAUGAUCCGGAGAUAGGAUGCUAUCACUAUGCCAAAGGACACCCGAUGAAGCCACUGAGAGUUCAAAUGACGCAUUCUUUAAUUGUUAACUAUGGGCUUCACAAGUACAUGGAUAUAAAAAGACCACUUCACGCCUCUUACGACAACCUUAUAAACUUCCAUUCAGAAGACUACAUUAACUUCCUAUCGACAGUCUCCAAUGAAAACAUGAAUCAACUUGUUAAGGAUCUCCACAAGUUCAAUAUUAAAGAGGAUUGCCCAGUUUUUACUGGCUUAUUUGACUAUUGUAAACUCACUGCUGGAGGAACAAUGAUGGCGGCACACAAACUAAAUAGUGGUGAGUACGAUAUUGCAAUCAACUGGGCUGGUGGGCUGCACCAUGCCAAGAGAUCAGAGGCCAGUGGAUUUUGUUAUGUGAACGACAUUGUCCUAGGAAUUUUGGAGCUUCUCAAGGUAUAUGAGCGAGUUUUAUACAUUGAUAUUGAUAUCCACCAUGGCGAUGGUGUUGAGGAGGCAUUUUACACGACCGAUAGGGUUAUGACUCUUUCAUUUCACAAGUAUGGAGACUAUUUUCCCGGUACUGGCAUGCUCGAAGAUGUUGGAUAUGCCAAAGGAAAGUAUUAUGCCGUCAAUGUUCCAUUAAAAGAUGGCAUUGAUGAUCAGACAUAUCAACAAGUAUUCAAUCCCAUUGUUUCCAGAAUUAUGGAGAUGUACAGGCCAAGUGUUGUAGUGCUACAGUGUGGUGCCGACUCAAUUUCAGGAGACAAGCUAGGAUGCUUCAAUCUUUCUAACAUAGGACAUGGUAAUUGUGUAAAGUUUGUAAGAUCUUUUAAUAUUCCAACUAUAAUUCUUGGCGGAGGCGGAUACACUAUCGAAAAUGUUUCUAAGGUGUGGGCAUAUGAUACAGCCAUGGCAUUGGGUGUAAAUAUUGAAAAGGAUUUGCCAUACAAUGAGUACAUCGACUAUUAUGGGCCAUCAUAUAAGCUUGAAAUACCAAAGCUCAAUAUUCCCAACAUGAAUACCAAGGAAGACUUGAACAAAAUUGUCGAAACUAUAUUUGAAAACCUAAGAUAUGUGGUGCCUGUGCCGUCAAUCCAAAUGAUGAGAACCCCUUCGUGCUUUAUUGAGGAAGAAAGCGACGAUGAGGAGUUCUGGGAGAAGAUUAAGAAGGAGUCUGAAAGGGAUAUCCCAUUUACUGAGUUGAGGUCUUCUGAACCCAUAGAGGAAUGA